GUGUAGUAAAUGUUGGUAAAUGUGGUAAAUGUUUGAUCGGUGUUGUAUCGUUACAUAUGUAUCGUGCACUUUUUGGCUUCACGCGAUAAGAAGAAGACGAUAGAAUGCUCUAGAUUGUACAUGAAGAUGAUCGGCAUAAUUGUGUCUGGUCGACUGGUACAAACGGACUUUCAACAAAUAGGAGAAAAUCAGUUUUUGAUAACAGUACCCGACGCUGAUAACAUAAACCAUAUUGUGGUAUUCCUUACAGGUAGCGUACCAUUUCCUGAUGGAACAGGUGGUGCAGUGUAUUUUAGUUGGCCAGAUCCAAAUGCUCCACCAAAUUGGCAAUUUCUUGGAUAUAUUUCUAAUGCCAAACCAUCAGCUAUAUUCAAAAUAUCUACCUUGAAAAGGAACCAUGAAUUUGAAAACAGCAAUGUAGGAAUAUUUGGAGUUGGGAAAAUCUCACAUGUAGCACAAAUUGGGGUUUCAAUAGAACCUAUUGGAGCAAUAGAGUUACAAGCUGCUACAGUAACUGAAGCUACAUCAAAUUCAUUCUUGGAAUUUGUACAAAAGAUGCUCACUAGCUUCUUGAAUUAUGUAUCGAGUUUUUCUGUAACUCAAGCACAGAUGACGCCAAAUCCAACAGAGAACUUUGUACCACUCUCCACUAUUCAAGGAUGGUAUGAAACUUUUGAGAGAAGACUACAGCAAAAUCCGAAUUUUUGGAAAGCAUGAUAAGGCAGUAUAACCAUGUGUCAGAUAGUUUAUUUACAUUUUGUAUGGCCAGGUGGCAUUUCGUAAAAUUUAAUUUUUUAUAUUCUCAUUGACUAACGGUACAUGAUAAUAAGAAUAAUCAUGAUACGCCAUUGCGUACUUUCCUGAAAGUACAGGGUUUAUCAUGUAAGAAUGUGAUUCAUUGGCA